GUGACGCAAUGUACGUUAUCAACCCAGCGCCGGCAUCUCAGGACCUACAACCCACCGCCAGCAGCUACGUGACAGCACAUCGUGCGAGCAGUCCCGAGUCGAUCGAACUUCAGCAACAGCAGCACAAAGAAAUUAUCAGCCAAAUACUGACAAAAUGCAACGCCGACAUGUCGGAGGAGGUAGCCAAUUUUAGCUGCCCCGAUGAGAAGACUCCCCCACGAUCAACAGCGGCAGUAGUUAAGGAAGGCGCAAAGUACUCCACAUCGCCUACAUCCGCGGGACGCCCAAAAGACUCCUCGCCGUGCACCGAUGAGCAUGGGCAUGGUUUGAAGCCAAUUCCUGAACCGAGCUUGACGUCGAAAGAAACAAGCGGUGCACCUGUAGGAGAGGGAGGUACGGGACGGUACGGUAAUACUGCGGAUGGUGACGUCCGGUCACCUUCAGCUACAUUAAAACGGAGCACAACUCCCGACGGUUCACCACUUUCCACCGCCAGCUCUUCCAAUGCGGCCUCCCUUUCUCCAACGUCGUCUGAUGGGCCGGCGAAACUACCGCCAAAGUCAGAACAAUUGACUGAAUCGUUAGCACCCGCGUCCAACUUUGCCAGUGUGGUACAUCCGAAGGAACGAGCCCUGAAAUCGAUCGCUGCCGCAGCAGCAUCGAAUGAACGGAAUAAUGCUGCGUCGAAUGGUGGUAGUAGCGCGUCAGCGGCAAAACCAUCCGCCAAAUUUGCUGGAACAGGACGAACUAUGUUGAAUGGCACAACGAACAGUUUUCCCUCCGGUACGACGGCCGCCACCGCAGUUGGGACGGGCACUGCGUCUGGUGGCAGAUUACAAUUUUUCAAAGAUGGAAAAUUCAUCCUGGAACUUGCCCGUGCACGGGAAGGCGAAAAGACCAGCUGGAUUUCGGUACCGCGUAAAACAUACUGGCCACCGACUGUUUCCUCCACCAGUGCCAACUUUCACAAGCACGAAAGUUCCACUUCUCUCAGCUUUUCGGAUGAUAACAGCUCCAUCCAGUCAUCGCCCUGGCAGCGUGAUCACUGUUGGAAACAAUCGAACCCUCGUUCGAACAUUUCCAAGGAACUUUCACUGUACUAUUUUCGGCCGUUGAAAGCUCGAGUUAAACCACCAUCCGAGGAUACCCGGUUACGGUGGCGCCGGAAACGACGUCGUCCUUACGACUCAAGUCUUCCACCGGAAGCCACAUCGAAGGUUACACCGAACUCAUCAAUUGAACCAGAGAUCGUGGAAAAUGGUAAGAGUGAAAAGAGGAAGAAGGAAAACAAACCACAAACGGAUGGAAAUGGUGAAGUCGUCCCAGAAAGCAGUUCUGAGAUGUCGAAUGGUACUGCAACACCGAUGGACACGUCUGAGGUAGCACCAGCAAGUGACGAUGAGGAGCGAAAUAGCGUUCAAAAUCCUAAGGAGCGAACAAAUGAGAAUGGUCCGGUGCAAGACGAUCGACCGCAAAGCAAUGGUCAUCAUUUGCCACCAAAUGGGACCCACCUGCGAACAUCUCAUCGCCGGAAACGUCCAGAAGGGAAGGAUCUUAUUUCAAUCAUCCAAACGCUCAUUGAGCAACAGCAAACGAAGAUCUCCAACUCUCUAACGUCUCCGGCAGCAGUGGGUCCAUUUCGCUUGGGAACGAUAGCGGAACGUGGAAGCAAUGGUGGGAGUAGCUUUCGCAGUUCCGUAUUUACCAGUUCAACCGCUUCGCAGCAUGUUUCUCCUCGCAAAAGAAUUCUGCGAGAAUUGGAGAAGGUUUCGCUGGACGAUGUUGGAAGUAGUGGCACGAGUAGCACGAAACGAUCUCGUCCGAAGUCGGGUUCUGCUGCGGGAACGCCCGUCAUAGUCACGGCAACGACUGCCACGCCUCUGUCAACAUUGACGACGAAUGGUACGGGCAGUCCUUUAAACGGUGGAUCUGCCUCUUCGCACAGUAGCAGCAGUAAGGCAAACGGUCAUCUAAACGGUUCCGGAUCAAUUGCCAAUGGUACCGCCGGUGGAAGUACCGGAAAACAGUCGACAAACGGUGCGGGAAGCAGUUUUUCGCCGGCGUCAAAAACUGCUCCACCAGUUCCGGCUCCGGUGUCGAAGCCUUUUAGCAGCUAUAGUAUAACCUCACUUCUUGGUCACAACAGCACAAAUACCAGCACCAGCAGCAGCGGCGAGUUAUCUUCCUCCGAGACCUCGGUCGCCACCUCAUCGUUUGACGCGGUGCAACGCAAGACGGACGCAUCGGUGGCAUCGGUCAUAUCAACAGCUAGUCAUCAUCACUAUCACCAUUCGCAACAUCCGCUCUCACCACACCACCAUCAGUAUCAGGGACUGUCGGUUGGUUCCAAGUCUCCUGUAAUGACGGAUUCCCCUCAUCAUCAUGCUCAUUACCAGGGUCAGCCGGGAUCGAAUCGCUACGGUGGUGGAUACAGCACCAAGAAACGGUCACCUAGCUACGGUGGAGGCAAUGGGACUGUCGCCUCUCCUGGGGCUACAUCUGGCGGAAGUGGUAGUGUAGAUCCGUACGGUAAUACGAUCCGGUCACCCGACCUAAGUCCUAGUCCCGAGCAUCAUCAUACUCAUCAGCAACAUUCUCAUCACCCGGUGCACCAUCAUACGCCGGGGUCAGUUUCUAAUAGUGGUGGUUUUGGACGCUACCGGCAGCACCCUUAUGGAGGUAGCCCAAGCAGCUACUCUUCUGCGCCCUCUUCGUCUCGUUUUUCCCCUUCGCCUAGUACGAACGACUCAGCGACAACGCCACCCUACUCAGGAUCUGGUGCGCGAUCGGCGCUUACUUACCGAACUGCCUAUCAGCUGGGUGGAAACGGCAGUCAGGGACAUUCUCCACCGGCGAGCAACGGAUCGCCUCAACACUAUUCUCGUGCGUCGCCGUUGAAUUUUGGUCGUGGCGCACACCAUUCCUCUCCACCGCCGCCACAGCAUCAACGCAGUGCCGGAACGUCCUCACCGCCCCGUGCAUCACCAAACGGCAGUGCCACAGCGAGCCACGUUACUACGCCAACGUCUGCCAUGGCAUCGUUAACGACUGGAGUGUCGCCUAGCGGCACCAUACGAACGGUGCCAAAGAAGACCGCCGCUCUAAGACAGCCAUUCGCCGGUGGUCAUUCACCUUCCUCUUCAUCACCAUCCCGCGAACGUUCCAACUCGAACGCUUCCAGCUCGUCGGUAAAGAAAGAACCUGAAGGGUCUGAUUCGGUCGACGGUCCAUCCAUGAGCCACUACGGCAAUGCGCCACCUUCAUCACCGGCCGGAGUAAUCCGACCGAAUACGAUGAUUGCUUCGCCAACCGCACAUCAUCCGGUUGCGAAUCCAUUCUAUCCGCUCUAUCCACCCCAGUUGGCUGCAGCAUCCUCGGCUUCGCCAUCAAUGAACCCUUCCGUUGUAGCUGCCGCUGCUGCAGCUGCUGCCAGUUCUGUACCGUUUCAUCCAGCUUCGCUUUCGUACUACCAGCACAUGUACAACGCGGCCACGAUGGCAUUUCGCACUCCGCUCUGGAUGCACUACCCCGGACUGCCAGCAGCGCACGCUCCCCACAUGGUACAGUCGCCCCACCAUCUGCCACCAUCCUCUUCGGCUCCGCCUACCCUCCCGUUAGCUGAUCGUCAACGUAUGAUUGAUCGGUCUCCACCAUCGCCACCUUCGGCACCACCGGCAUCACUAGCGGAAGCAACGGAAUCGCAACGAUUACAACAUUCCAUCCUAGCCACGACAAGUACGCCGGCAGCAGCAGCAGCAGCACUCAACUACAGCGUUUCCGCGCUUUCGGCGUCCUCGCGGGUCAUCCUCAACAAUGGUGGCAGUGCGUUUUCCUCACCGAGUGGAUCGAGCUGGCCGUCCGAUGCCGUAGAUUAUCAACAUCAUCCAGAUCAUUCCUCGCGUUCGUCCGUGUCGGCAACAGCCAAAGAUGAGCCCAGCAAUGGUGAGUGCCUGCAAGGGCUGCGAUCAUCAUGUAAGACCUAG